AUGAGGAAAAUAACAAAGCAGGAAGAGUACCAUGACCUCUUGAGUCCGACAGCUCCCAAAAUCUUUCGCAUGUUCGGAAUAGCUACACCUAAACGACCGCGCCCAGAAUCAGAAAGCGAGAAAGAAGGACCAUACCGGCCUCGUCGCCGUGGCAAAGGUGAAGCAUCGUUGGGCUCUCCGGAUGGGAUGAGUUUGGGAUUCUUUCGUCAGUUCUUUUUGAAGAGGCUGACAUCACAUUUUUCAGAAAGGGACGAGCUCAUUACGGGGGUAGACGCGUCCGACCUGCCCAUUGCGGGAGAUAACCCAAAUGAGGCGCAGAAGCGAUACCAGAAACUGCCUGCUAUUCGCGUUUUGGACUGGCAGAUAGACGGAGACGGCCAACCUAUACGCAGACCACUGAGAGACAGCACGGCAUUGACGGCUGCGUUGAUGCAAACCCGCGGCACUGAGGCGGUUGAUCCGUGCAGCUUCUGCAAAGACAAUAAAGGCACUUGGCGAAUGUGUGUCGUUGAACCUAACCAAGAUGAGAACUCGAAGCUUGCCGGAGCAUGCGCGAAUUAUUCAUCGCUCAGUUCCAAAGAUUCGUUGACGGAUACUACCGCUAGCAGUGUAGCGGAGGAAGUGCAGAAGGACGAAGAACAAGCUGCCCCUGUCCAGGAGGAUACUCAGACGAAUGUCCCGGAACAGGUAAAGGAAUCUGACAGUCAGACACCGGCUCCGAGGUCACGUCUCGAUGGCAAGGUUGUUCCGUUUCCUCUCGGACCAGAAACUAUCAACGACUUGCCUUUGCUUAAGCAGGCGAUCAAAGACAUCGUUGCCCACCUCAACAUACUUCAUAGGAGAGUGCAACAGCUGGAGGAAAAGCGUCAAUCGAUCAACCCUUGGGAGCUAGUUUGA